AGUCCUAUUUCCCCGUCUGUGAAAAUUUGUUCCACCAUGGAUAAUUAUAGGAAGGUCCAACCAAUUUUUCUGCUUGUUUUUCUCUUCCAAUGCCUAUUUCUCAAAAACAAUAUGUCCAUUGGAGCUGGUGAUACUAUCUCGGCGAACCAAUCCCUCUCCGGAGACCAAACCAUUGUCUCUGCAGGACGGGGACUCUUCGAACUGGGAUUCUUUAGACCAGCAACAAGGACAAGUAUCUACUCUCUCAAUAACACUAGCACAGGAUUAGCUAGAUUUGUGAUGGAUGUUUCGGGUCAGAUUGAGGAACAAGUACUGGAUUUUUAUAAGCAUUGGGAUAUAUUUUGGUCUCAACCAAAAGAACAAUGUAAAGUCUAUGCUUUUUGUGGGGCCUAUGGAAGCUGCAAUGAGAAGUCGGAGCUCUUCUGUCAGUGUCUAAGGGGGUUCGAACCAAAGUCGCAGCAUGAUUGGAAUCUGAAGGAGUACUCUGGCGGGUGCAUCAGAAAAACCAAGCUUCAGUGUGCGAACAGUAGUAUUGAUCGUGCAAAUGGUGGGAUAGACAAGUUCGAAGAAAUUCCAAGCGUGUUGUUGCCUGAAAAUAAACAAUCUGAGCAAGUGGAGAAUAUCAAUGCUUGUGAAUCGUUCUGCCUCAGCAGCUGCUCUUGCAUUGCUUAUUCUUACGACAACACAAGAUGUUCCAUUUGGAAGGGAGAUCUCUUAGAUCUUCAACAGCUUGGAGCCAAUGACGCGAGGGGAAGGAGUCUCUACAUUCGUUUAGCCGCUUCGGAGUUUCGAAGUACUAAAAAGGGAAAGGGGCUAAUCGUUGGUGUUGUGGUUGGCUCAAUUGUUGGGUCAGUAAUUUUACUAGCACUAAUUCUGUUUUUAGUAUUAAGGAGAAAGAAGAUAGUUUGCACGAGAAAAGGAAUGGAAGGCUCGUUGAUUGCAUUUGCAUUCAGAGAUUUGCAAAAUGCAACGAAGAACUUUUCGGAGAAACUGGGUGGAGGAGGAUUUGGUUCAGUCUUCAAGGGGAUAUUGCCCGACUCUACUAUGAUUGCUGUGAAGAAGCUUGAAAGUGUUGGCCAAGGAGAGAAGCAAUUUCGAGCAGAAGUCAGCACAAUUGGGACAAUCCAGCAUGUUAAUCUCGUUCGACUUCGCGGGUUCUGCUCUCAUGAGACCGAAAAGCUGUUGGUCUAUGAUCUCAUGUCCAACGGCUCUUUAGCUUCUCACCUUUUUGAUCACAACAAUUUGAAUGUCUUGGAUUGGAAAACGAGGUACCAAAUUGCUCUGGGAACAACAAGAGGGUUGGUUUAUCUGCAUGAGAAGUGCAGAGAUUGCAUCAUACACUGCGACAUCAAGCCCGAAAAUGUUCUCUUAGAUGAAGACUUUUGUCCUAAAGUGGCAGAUUUCGGGUUAGCCAAACUUGUUGGAAGGGAUUUCAGCCGGGUUCUGACAACCAUGAGAGGGACAAGAGGUUAUCUGGCACCGGAGUGGAUCGCAGGAGUGGCAAUAACAUCCAAAGCAGAUGUCUACAGCUUUGGAAUGAUGCUUUUCGAGCUUGUAUCAGGGAGGAGGAACUCAGAGAAAACAGAAAUAAAUGGAAAAUUAAGGUACUUCCCAAGUAUGGCUAUAAGCGUUGUUGUCGAAGGAGGCGAUGUGCUUAGCCUAUUAGAUCAAAAGCUUGAAGGUAAUGCAAAUGCCGAAGAGAUUGAAAGAGUGAAGACAGGAGCGCAACAUGCUGCUGCUUUUAGUCGAAAAGAAAAGUGA